CCCAGAGUUCGUUCGCGUCUUCCAGCUCCCCACAUCUCCGCCCGCACUGCGCAUGCUCCCAGCAUCCCCCUCUGUCCAGCAGGAUUUGAAGACUCGGCUGAAGAUGCUCUCAGCUCCUCGGGUCGCUGGUCGCUUGUCGCCGGGUGAACACUGACUCAUCUGGAAGAACCCGAACAGGGAGGAGAAGCUGCAGAUUAUACCUUUAGGUUCUCACUCGCUCCUCGGAUUUUUUGUUUUUCCCUCCCCCUCCACUCCAGCAUGGAGAUGAAGAAGUCUUUCUCGGACACCGAGCGAGCGCUCCGGAGCUACGGCGCCGUGUCGGAAACGGCGUGGACGACGGACAAAGGUCACUCCGAUGUGUCCAUGGCGGAGAGCACCGUGUCUCCGGAGGAGAUCGAGGUGGAGAUGGCUCGCAUCCAGCGCCUGCGGGAGGUCCUGGUGCGCAGGGAGUCGGAGCUGCGCUUCAUGAUGGAUGACAUUCAGCUCUGCAAAGACAUCAUGAGCCUAAAGCAGGAGCUGAGACAGAUUGUUUCAGUACCAGAGAAAGAAAAGAACAAGAAACACAAGCAGCGGGAGGAGGAGCUGAUCCUAAAGAUCCAUAAACUGGUGCAGAAAAGGGAUUUCCUGGUGGACGACGCCGAGGUGGAGAGAUUAAGGGAGAAGGAGGAGGACAAGGAGAUGGCCGAGUUCCUCCGGCUGAAGCUCCGGCCUCUGGAGCAGAAACUCAAAGCCACGGCGAAUCCUCAAAAGCCCAAGCGACAGAUCCCAGAGCCGCCUCCCAACAAACCCUUCAUCACCAAGUCAGGGGCGGCCAUCAUCAAGGACUGCUGCGGAGUCGCCCAGUGUGCUGUAAUGUAACCGACCCCCUUAUCGACGGUCGCUACUCUCAUGUCACAUGACCCAAACACUUCCUGUUUCUCAGAGAACCACAGACAGCAGCACUCGCCCUCGAGCCCGUUCAGGAAUCAGAUCUAUUUCCCUGCUGCAGGCGCGUGGGAACUGAUCCCUGAUCAGUGUUCAAGGUGGGGUGUUUUACAGUGGGCGCACAUCUACCAGGACUGUACAUGAACUAAGCAGAGCUGUAAAUAGAGUCUGAUAGCUGUAUGGUUGAUGUAUUUAUGCAGAGGCAGGUCAGGUCCUUCCUGUAUGUCGCAUUCCUUUUAAGGUGAGGAUGCAUCCAAAAGCACAAUAUCCAUCACAUCAGUGAUUAGCGGGGUUCUCUGACAUGAACAUGAAGCCUCUCAUUGUGUCAUUUAGGACAACAGUUCUCAUUCAUAAGCUAUUAUUUAUCCCAGUUUGUGAGUCUAAGUUGUUCCGAUGAGCAAAUUUGAUCCAUGAAUUGGUUCAUGUUUAAAGGUCGGGUGGCAGUGGAUACUUUUGUACAUCAAAGUCAGCAGUUUACAAGUAAACAAUCCCUGCAGUAGGCAAUAUUGGAUAAAAAUGUAUAAAAAUAACUAAUCUCAUGCUGACUUAAAACGCUUUCACCGCUGCUGCAAACAGUUGAUCCAAUCAGACUUGAUUUCAGCAAUUUUGACGAGCUUCCAAAGACACAGAUGUUCUCUACGAAUGCCAAAAUCAGACAGUCGUAAACAUUCGUUUGGAUAUCUUUACCUGAAGAUUAUUAGUUAUUUCUCUCAUCUUGAUGUUGAAAAUCUUAUUUUCCAACAGCAAAUGUUUUCCUCUCCGAUUUUCACGAGAUAACGGAGCCUGUUUUCUAAUGACAUCUUUCAAACCUUGUCAUAGUGUUGCGUUUAUCGUGCACGCUUUAGUUCUUUCCCUGGUUUAUCACACCUGAAUCAGCUGUGUUGGAGACACACCUGAAACUGGAGACAACAAAUGUCUGGAGGAUCCAAACCUUGUGGCGGUGGACUCCCAACUCCAGUCCUACUGACCUGCAAUUUUUGGAUGCAUUUCUACAUCUACAGACCUGCUGCAGGUUCUAAAACUAUGAGAGUGCCCCACACCAUCAUACUGCCACCACCAUGGUUCACUGUAUGGUGCUCCCCCCCCUGGAAAUGCUGUUAGGUUUAGGUCAGAUAUAACAGCACACACCUUUAAAAAGUUUUUAUCUUUUCUCAAUAGUCUUGGCCAUCAUGGGUACCAUUGGAGAGUUGUGCAGGUUUUCUUGUUUUCUCCUUUUGUGGAUAACGGCUCUCAAUGGGGUCCCAAAGUCUUAGAAAUGGCUUCAUAACAGGUUGACUGUUAGGACCAAAAAAAUCCUAACAAUCUGGCAUAGAUCAGGUGAUGCACAUCUCUGAUUUCUGAUAAACCUCUCAGUUUGGCGUCUGAUCACAGAUGAGAAUCCACUGAAAUGACAACCAGGCUGAUGAGGCAGGACCUUCCUGCUCUCUGGGAUUUUAUUUUAUGCAAACACAGGGGGGGGGAACAGGUGGAGAUUGCUGACUGGCAUGAAGUCUGAUGUCACUUUUGUUCUUUAACGUUACUCCGAAUCACAGUUCAACGCUUGUAAAUACCUCCAAUGUAACCAUUGGUCAUGCUUCCUCAUUCUGCAGGGUCACUUAUAGACACCAUCAACAACCUGGACAUAACAGACAGUACAACCUCACCUGUGGUGAUCAUAAACCCUCAAAAAAAAUUUGCAUCCUUUAAAUUUAAUCUUGCAUUUCUAUGAUAAACACCAGGAAAGGAAUGAAGCCCUUUUAAAUGCCUCCAAUAAACAGUGUGUGCUUGAGUGUAUUUAGGACUUUAGCGACUCGCGUCAAGAAAACUGUUGAGCUCUUAUCACUUCUUUCUUCUGAUAACUUGACGUCCUGUAAGUGUAGUGACUUUAUAAAAGUUCUGCUGUUUAAAAAAAUAAAAUAACAAACAAAUACACAGAAAAUAAGCUGAAAACACUUGUAAAUAUGUUUCAAUAAAGAGCAUCUUUCAAGAA